GUGAAAUGUGAUUGUAAUCGCUUCAGCCGGAUAUCUUGUAACAAGUUUGAGUGACCUUUUUUGGCAUCCAGAUUACUGUUUUGAAAGAUAACAAUGGAGCAGCAAACUCUAUUGUCUCUUCUACAGUGUAACAACACAGCAUGUAGCAACAUCCUUGACAGUACAAGUAAACUGUUGCCAUGCCAACACACUCUUUGUCUAGAAUGUUUGGAAAAUCGUGUCAGACUAACUCGAUUCUGGAGAUGUCCGGAGUGCAAAAAAUCUGUUGGUAAAAACAUUGUUGACCUUCCGACUAACAUCUGGAUAAAUCGACUUUUGGAAAACAAACGUGAAUUAAACAUUGAAUCCCAAGCCACUGUUCUGGCUUUAAAGACAUUAUCAGCCCAGUUACCCAAGCCCAAUUCGACAUUAAAGACGUUUGCAAUAACUACAGAAAAUGCAUCACCUCCAACCCGAUCUGUUUCUGUGUCAGAAAACAGAACAAGUGAUUGUUCUGAUGUUGCUGCAGCUGGUCCUCAUACUAGAUUGCGUGCCAGGAGACGUUCAGAAGCAGUGACUACUACCACAUCAGGAUCCAGUGAUAUACAUUCUUUAGAGCAGCAGUCCGAAACAUUACAGCGGCAGUCUGUGACAGAAACUGGAAGCUCUCAAUCUGACCCUGUGUCAUCACCUGUGGUUACUCGUUCUCAGGCUCGUCGUAAGGCUCGUGAAGCUGCCGAGAAGAAAAGUACAUCGGACAAGGUGAGAGAAGAGUCUUCUGAAAACAAGAGUGCCAGUCAGCGAGAGAAGGCGACAUCGGAGGAGAGAAAAAAGACCCUCAAGAAGUGUAUGACAGUGUUGGUGCACUCGUGUCACUGCACGGAGGUGCGCUGUCGCAUCAAGAACUGCAUGAAGAUGAAGUACGUGCAGGCCCACGCACGCACCUGCUGCAUCGGCCUUUUUGGAGGCUGCUCCACCUGCAAGAACUUUAAGAUCCUCUGUCUCUACCACGCCAAGCACUGCCAACUCGACAGCGACAGCUGCCGGGUGCCUCUCUGUCAGACGCUGAAGACAAAACUCCAGGAGCUGGUCGUAGCGUUCAUCAGCAAGAUGCCGAACGCAGUGGGGAAGCUGCUGGAGUGUGCCAUAUGUCUCCAGACUCUGGACCACACGAACAAGUAUCUGCCGUGUCAGCACACGUUCCAUCGCAAGUGUCUCGAGAAGCUGCUCGAGACACUCAACUCAACGAAGUGCGUGUUCUGCCAGAGUAGCAUGUUCCGGUGUCCUGAGUGUAGAACUGAAGUGAUGUCCAAGGUCUCGGACCUCCCUUCCAACAUGUGUAUGAGCCGGCUGCUGCACAAUCUCCGGCUCAAGGUCCAGAGUGAGUGGCAGGCCACCGCCAAUGCUGCCAAGGCAAAAACUGCCAAACCAGUGAAACGAAAGAAGUCUUCCAAGUCGGCGUCGACCGAUAACACUGAAACACAGUCCAGUGAUGCCUCGACGGAGACGGAAGAGGCGUCAGUGUCUGUAAACGUUCUGCCAACACCUCCAAAAACCAGACGGAUGCAGGAUCGGCAUUAGUUGAGGAUUUCAAUAGUAGUGUUGAGUGGUAGAACAUAGAGGUAGUUGUUCAUACGGUUAAAAUAACAAAUGGGUCAGCCAAAAAAAUUACUAAUUGUGUGUAACCCAACCAGCUUAUAUAUGAGUAAAGUACACAGCAUUUUUUGUUUUUGUUGAAACUAUUAUAUAUCUGUUGUCAAUUGUUUGUUAUUAAAGUUACAGACCCUAGUGUUUUCAGUCUGUGAAAAUAAAUGGACACUUGGUUUGGUUACUCCACAAACCUGUAACAGAUCUGGAUAUAUUUAAAAUAAGAGUGAGGCAGGAGUUUGUGAUUGUGAAACGGGGAAAGGCCCCGUAAAAAUAUACUAGCUCAUCUCCAUUUACCGUUGCCUCUCAGAGAUGUGUGUUUUUAGAAUUAUGAAAAAUGCAUUUCAUGGUAUAAUUACAAACACCAGGAUGAUCAGAACCAGUUUGGAUGUUUGGAAACGGACAAUCUAAACAAAAUGUAGGUAAUGUUUGAGUUCAAUCAUCAAAAAUGGCUUGAUUAAAAUAUGCAUUAAUAUUUAAAAACUAGGGUCUGCAACUUUAAAUAUAAAGUCUAUUAACUAGCUGUAUCUGUAAUGUUUGGUUGGGUUACUGCAAGCAAAUUAUUGUUUUUCAGGAUGGUCCUCAAGUUUAUGUGUAAAUAUCAAUUUAUUUAAAUAUUUAUUUAUGG